AUGCUCGCAGGCGCGCAGCUCUUUCCCACCACGGAGGCGCUGUGUGGGCUGCCGGAGGCCACGAACCCGAGCUACGUGCCUUCCCGACUGCGGGCGCUCAGCGCCUCGGAGCAGGCCCGGGAUCUGCUGGCGAAGAUGUUGGAGCCCAGCACCGACCGCCGCAUCGCGGCACAGGAGGCUUUGCAGCACCCGUUGGUGGUGCAGUCCUAUGCCUUGGCAGCUUCUGAGGCUUCGCUCUUCGAGGGCACUGCCGCGGCCGGCGUCGGCUUUGCGGGCGUCGGGCUCGCGUCGCUGACGAGCCGCCGACGGCGGCUGGCCGGCUGCGUCCCCGCGCUGCGGGCCUUUGCGAAGGCGCCUCGGCUCAAGCGACUCGCCCUGCUUGUCGCGGCCCAUUUGUUGGGCGAUGAGGUUGGGGGCCUGCGCUGGCUUUUCCGAUUCCUCGCGCGAGAUGCCUGGUUGGUGGAGGAGUCCGUCUUCGCCUCGGCGCUGCGGGAGGCUGGCGAGGAGCUUCCGAAGGACUUUUCGAUGCUCUUCCGAUGCGCUGAUCUUUCAGGUUCGGGAGCCUUGAACUUCGUGGAGUUCAUGGCCGCAAUGAUGGCCAACUUGCCGGAGGUCUACUGCAGCCACUCCUCUUUGAAGGCAGUCUUCCACUUCUUCGACAGCAGCGGCCAUGGCAUCAUCCGAGGAGAUCACCUGCACCUCCUCUUCCCCGCAAGGCCGGAAGACGAGUGCGCUUUGAUGAUCCGCCAGAGCUGCGGGAAGGACUCGAUGAGCUUCGUGGACUUUCAGCGGGUGAUGACGCCCGCGAACUGGAAGCCCUCCGGCUCGCUGGCCAAGUGGGCCGAUGUUCCGGACGUGACGAGCCCCGUCCUGGGGCCCAAGCCCAAGCUCUUGAAGGAGCAGCAGCGUGGCUCCUCCUCGGAUCCCGAGCGGGAGUGGCAGGUGACGAGCAGGGUCACCUCCACACCUUCGGAGGCCUUCGCGAUCCGUCAGAAGCCGGGCUUCCACCGCAAAGCGCUGCGGCCUUUCUACGCAGCGCAGCCCGUCUCCAACGUGGUGCUGGGCCUGGCCUCGGGCAGCUCCGGCUACGCCCGGCGCGCCCAGCAGCUGCGCUGCACGCACCUAGUGGAGAGCCUCGAGGAGCAGUUUGGGGCCUUCUUCUUCAUGCCCAACCCCAAGUACCACUGGACACCCGAGGCCGCCUUCAACGAGGAGCGCAAGGCGCGCUUCGUGGCCUGGUGGAUCCACCCGGAGCUCUGCCCGAUGCUGCGAGCCUGGACCGGCCGCUGCGGCACGAGCGAGGACGAGGGCCGCGAGGGCGAGAGCAGCGGUCCGAAGAGCGACGGAGGCGGAGGUGCCAACACCGAGGCGGGCGUGGGAGCCCCGGGAGACUUCGGCUACUCUCAGAUGCUGAAGUCGUCGGACUACUUGCACACCUGCCGGGAUCUAUGUGGAGCCACACAUGUCAGGAUGCUGGAGGCGUUGGUGCAAGGGAUCAAGACGUACUUGGAACGAAUGUUCGGUGAUGCUCUCGCAGCAGCUCACGUGUCAGCAGGCUUCCACUAUCCAGUGCGGCCGCAGUACAGCACGUUGCAUCUGCAAAUCCGGGUGAACGCUGGCGACGUGUGUCCAGGCGAGGGCCGCGGCGUCGACCUCUUCAGGCUGCAGAACCGGUUGAAGUGUGACCCCGAGUGCUUCCAAAGAGACGACGAGACGCUCUUCUACGAGGCCACGGCGAACUUGAGGAUGGCCCUCUUGAAAGCCUGCGACAAGGCGCCGAGCUCCUGUCGAGAGGUGGGGCCCAAGAGUUUGGUCUUGGGCGAAUGA